AUGUUUGAAUUAGUUUUGAUUCAGCUUAUGCUGAUAUCCAGCAGCUACUGUUCAUUCCGGAGUCAAUUCAGUGAGCAGCUGGUCAGUUAUCUGCAUGUGAAUAGAACACAUGUCCAGGACGCUUUGACGCUCAUCCAGUCGAUCUACACCCGCAACUGUGUGCACAUCUAUUGCAGGAAUGAUCAGCGAUUGCAGCUGGGAAACAUCUUCCAAAGCAAUCGCUUGAGGUUAAUAACUCAGGAAGCCAACGUUAAGUACAUGCAGUACAAGGGGCCAACGGCACAGGCGGUUUAUCGAGCAAAUCUCCAGGGCGAUGAAUGCCACGAGGGGCAACUUAUGUCCGGCAGGUCGAAGCAGGUGCACUACAUUGCACUACCAUCACAUUCGCAGGUCUGUUAUGGCAUCUAUACGGAUCAAGCGUACAAUCUGACACUAUUGCAGAUGCGCUGCGAUGGGGAACGUGUGACACGCUUCGCGCUGGGAAUUAUGCUGUGGAUGACGGCAUCGCAGGUGGGGGAGUCCCUAAUGUUGUGCUACCUUCUUGCCAUCAUUCUGGGCGUGCAUUUGGCCAGCUUGGGCGUCGUCUGUGUAGCUCUCCUGUGCUCCGGUGAUCUUCAGCUGAAAGGCUUGCGACCUUUAGGCGAUAACUUCAAAUUGCUGCUAGAACGGAAUCCCACAAUCGUCACACUGGCAUUGGUCGCCGGAGCUUGGUUGCUGGUCAGAUUCUAUCAACGAUAUCGCGCCUUACGGCGUUAUCAACUUGUGCGCAGUGCACAUUUCCGGUUUUUGAGAUUGCUCUCGUAUUUCCUCAUUCUUGGUGCCUCGGAGCAUACAUAUUUUGGCUGGAUAUGUGUAUCCUUGUUGCUGCCUUGGCCAGAGCUCGGCUGGCUGAUCACAUGUCUGAGACUACAGUGUGUCAGAAUCAAACGUGAAUGCUUUCCACCACACGCAAGGCGUCUGCUCAGCGAGGAGGAAUUCCAGGCACAGUCAGGAUUUGAAACCCAAUGGGCUCUGGGAAAUCUACGCAAGCGUCUUCAAAAUCAGUCGCCCAUGUGGGAGCAAGUAGCGCAAUUACAAGCACCUCAAGACUUUGCACGAUUCGUCUGCAGCGGAACUUUUGUGAAGAAGCCCCCAUCAGAAGACAUGAGAUCCAACCAUUGUUAUGCCACCAACGGAUCCGAGAAUGUUGCAAGUUCGCUGUUGGAGCAACUGACGGCCGUCGUUAAUGGCAACUGCCCCACCACGUGCGAAUCUGCUGAGUCCCUCUAUCGAAAUUUGCACUAUACGGGCUCCACACGCAGCCUCAGGCCGAUCCCACGACAAAACUAAAUGCAUUUGAUAAUUGAAAUCUAAGGCGAACCAAAUGACACUCACUUCAUGAGUUUAGGAAUCAAAGAGGAAUCUUCACACAAUACAA